AUGGCGCACGCGACGCUCCUUCGGUCUCUCCGACCGCAUCUAACUCUCCGACGCCCUCUCCUCCAUCGCCAUGUUCACUCCAGUCAAUUCCAACCAUUUAUCCCACCAUCACCCAUCUCACUAGGACGACCCCAAGCAGCAAAGACAUACGCCCGCACGCGAAAAUGGUUGAGGCGAUUAGUCUACACCUCGGUCGCAACGGGGAUUGUCUACGGGAUCGACAACCAAUUCUAUGCGUCAUCGCUGACUCGUACCGCUCGCACAUUCUCCCUUGGCCUAUUAGUCGCACUGGACUAUAAAAUCAAUUUCCGCCCACACCCGCCCCUCGCCAGUUCUAUCGCUGCCGUGCAUGCCCGCAACGCAGAGCGCCUAUCGGAUCUGCUACGUCAUAAUGGUGGGCUCUACUUGAAGAUGGGCCAGGCGAUUGCCAUGCAGUCCGCUAUUUUACCUCCAGAGUUCCAGCACAUGUUCUCUCGCAUGUUUGAUGAUGCACCACAAAAUGAUUGGAAAGAUGUUGAGAAGGUCAUUCGAGAGGAUUUUGGAAAGUCCCCCGAAGAGGUCUUUGGGGUGUCGUUUUCCGGGGAACCGGGCAAGGGUCUGAUGGAGCGCAAGGCGCGUGCUAGUGCCAGUGUUGCGCAAGUUCAUUGGGCUCGGCUAGCGGAUGGAAGGGAGGUGGCUAUCAAGAUCCAGAAACGUGAGAUUGUGCAGCAAUUGGCGUGGGAUCUGUGGGCGUUCAAAGUUGUCACAAGCAUUUACAGCAAAUUGUUCGACAUCCCGUUUAAUAGCUUAGUCCCAUAUAUCAGCGAGCGCUUGUCCCUUGAAACCGACUUCGAAAAUGAAGCGACCAAUUCCGAGACCAUGGCCCGAUUAGUUGCCGGCGAGCCCAGACUCCGCGACCGAGUAUACAUCCCCAAAGUGGCGUGCGACUUUGGGACAAGGAAUCGAUUACACGGUCAUGGCGCGGCGGCUGGCGAGAAGGCAGUCCAGGAUGCCAUGGCACAGCUCUGGAUCAAGGCACCUCUAAACCUCCAAACCCCCCGAACUGGACAACUAAAACCUGAACGGACUCACUGGAAAGGACAGAAUGGUCGUGGAGGGCUAGGUCUAUCUCUGAAAGAUAUCAUGACGACAAUGGUGGACCUGUUCUCGGCACAAAUGUUUUUAUGGGGAUGGGUACACUGCGAUCCGCACCCUGGAAACAUCUUCAUCCGUCGCAAGCCAUCCGGAAAACCGGAGCUUGUCUUAAUUGAUCACGGUCUCUACAUUCAUAUGGAUCCAGACUUCCGACACCAAUACUCCCGCUUCUGGAAGGCCCUUCUCACAUUCGACAACCAAACACUAGCUGAAAUUGCGCGGAGUUGGGGCGUCAAUAAUCCUGAUAUCUUUGCCUCGGCAACUUUAAUGCGACCCUACCGCGGAGGCGAUAUGUCAACGCAGCGUCAUAUCGAAGGACUCAGCAAGUCCGAACGCCAGGAACGACACUACGAGAUGCAGCAGGCUGCCCGCAAGGCUAUCCGGGAGAUGUUGGGUGACGAGACCAAGUGGCCGCAAGAGCUAAUCUUCAUCGGACGUAACUUGCGUAUUGUCCAGGGAAAUAAUCAAUUCCUCGGUUCCCCAGUGAACCGACUCAAAAUCACCGCAACAUGGGCAUCACGGGCUCUCGCUGAGUCCCCCGAUCUACCCUUAUUAGAGAAGAUCCGAAAUAUGGGACGCCACGUCGUAUUCCGGGUUGUUCUUUUUACCAGUGAUGUCUUCUUUUACUUCACCAAGAUUCGCCAACUUCUACGGUUAGGAGGAGGGAUGGAAGAUGACAUCGAAGCGCAGAUGCAGGGCAUGGCCAAAGAUAUGGGAGUGGAGUUAAACCACGGUUUAUUCGAGGGAUAG